AUUUAGCAAUGGAGUAAACAAUGCCUCCUCGCUGCAGUGCACACUUGGUUUACAAAAUGCUUUGAGUUAACUCAUUUCAUAACUCAUUGUUAUAUAAUAAACCGCUAUAUUCUCAGAAAUGUCAGAUUCCAGUGAACAUAAACUGAGGUUUACCUUGAAAGAAUUGAAGAUAUCAACCGAGGGAGAGGACGUGUCGCCCGGGUCUGGCAGCUCCUCGGCGGUCAAACUUCACUAUAAUAAACUCGUGUGCAUUGAGUACCCGGCGCUGAUUGCAAAUGUGGACAAGAUGCUUGAGACAAUCGGAGGCGAGAAAGUACUGUCGAAGACCUACGCUGAUCCCAACCGGCGGCUGGAGCUGCGCUACCGGCCCAAGGAUCCCUUCUGCCACUCUCUGUGCGGAAACCGCUUUCCCUCCAACAACCUCUUGCUCCGUGUGAGAAGACGGGUCCGCAAGAAAGACCCCCAGGACACACAGCUACACAUGGAGGUGCUCGGAGUCAUCGGCACGACAUACAAAUUUCAAGGGAUGGCGGACUUCCAGUGCCUGGCUUUGCAUUCGGAAGACGGGAAACACACGUCUCUGUACGACAAGGUCAUCCUGCGUACGUUUGAGAACCAGGAGUUCUUUGAGCAGCCCAUGCCCUUCUUCCUGCCCCCGCCCAUCUUCUCCCGCUUGGACACCCCAGUCGACUACAACUACCGUCCGGACAUCCACCACAACCAGUUACCCAUGACCAAGGAGAACUUCAUCGGCCUGAACCGAGUGCGGCGGCACCACAACGCCAUCUUUGUGAGCUUUGCGGACGCCACCGUGCCCUCGGAGUGCAUGGAGGCGGCCCGCCUCAACUGGCAGAGGGUCUGCAUCAAGCAGUCCGACGUGACGACCGAGCAGACCCUCAGAAAGAUGUUUGAGAGCCGGCCCAUCUGGUCCCGGAACGCAGUCAAGGGCAACCUGGACAUCCACCCUGAAAAACUCAAAUUGCUGUUGCCCGUCAUGGCCUACUACAUGGUGACUGGGCCCUGGAGGAGCCUAUGGGUGAGGCUGGGCUACGACCCACGGAAGAGCCCCGAGUCCAAGAAAUACCAGAUGCUAGACUUCAGGAUCCGCUGUAGCACCAGACAUGGGUAUUCUCUGAGUGACAUGCCAGUGAAAGCCAAGAGGAGCUCCAUGGACUACAGCCUGUCCAUCACACUGAACAAAAUGGCUCCGCAGGCCGCCAGUGUGACAGAGCUGCCUCAGGAGGGUCCCAGCACCAGCCGCUAUCCAAUCCCUGUCCGGCACCAGUUGAAGGAGUCGUCGUACGUCUUCAGGGACGGAAUGCUGCCCCCACACAGACAGAUGUUCUACCAGCUCUGUGACCUGGACGUGGAAAGCAUAAAGGAAGCGAUCGACCGUAACAAAGGCGACGAGAAGGUGUGCGACGAGAGAGACGGCUGGUGUCUCCCUCACACAACGGACGACCUGCGGGACAUCAUCUCAGGCCUGAUCAAGAAGGUCGUCCGAGCUCAGAAGCCAAACCCUCCUGCAGAGUUGAUCCCGACGCCGACGAAGCGACGGCGCUCCGGGCUGAGCAUGGCCUCCAAGCGGACCUCCUACGCCGGGAAGCCGGAGGGCGAGGAGGACAACGAGGAGGACGAAGAGGCGGACGAGGAGGACGACUUCCACCCGUCGGAGGGAAGCGAGAACGAGAUGGAGACGGAAAUGUUGGAUUACAUGUGAAUAGACAAAGAAGACAUGGUGUCAGUGCGUCGUACAUGGAGUUAAUGGAUUUUGUAAAUAAAGAUUUGUGUUUUCUUCUACAAAGUGUUUU